AAGACCAAAGCGAUUUAAGUCCGAAGAUGAUAGUAAAAAUUACUGUAAAAGAGAAGCAGAAGACCCAGAUCCAGAUCCAGAUCCAGAUCCAGAUCUAGAGAACUCACUCACAAAUUAACAUAGUCAGUUAACGGAAGAUCCUGCCUGGUUAACACACCUUCAAUUCAAUAUAUCCUGCUUCGUUUCUACCUUAUCUGGUUUCUAUUGUGGAUGUGGAUCUAGUCUCGAAUCAUCACCUCCAUAGUUUAUUGGCAUUUCUAAAGGUACCAUAAACCAGAAGAUGAAAUCUGUGAAUGAAGAAUCACAAACUGUACUAGCUGAGUUGUUAGUAUCUUCCUUUGACAAAAAACUUGAUAAGUUGUCUGCAGAUCCUUCGUAUCCGUAUGCAGCAUCUAUCUAUAAUGUUUCUCAGAGUCUGCGAAAACAAAAGGAAGAAGCCUAUACUCCUAAAUUAGUAUCAAUUGGGCCAUUACAUCAUGGUGAGUCACAACUUCAAGGCAUGGAAGCUUUUAAAUUGAGAUUCAUGCAUAAGUUCUUGACGAGAUAUGGAGUUGGCCUAAAUACCAUAGCCAAAUUUGCAGCAAAGGAAGAGGGUUUUGUUCGUGGGUGUUAUGAGGGUACAGUUAAGCUUCGUCCUAAGGAACUGGCAGAAGUGAUUGUGUUGGAUGGAAUAUUCGUUGUUGAACUUUUGCUGGAAAACUAUGUCAUUCAGCUGAGGGACGUAAAUGAGAUAUUAUUUGAUAGAGACUGCUGGAUGUACAAUGAAUUGAUGCAUGAUAUGCUGCUGCUAGAGAAUCAGCUACCUAUAAGAAUAAUGGAGACCCUACUGAAUUUUGUGGAUCUUUCAUUCUUAAAUGAAGGCACCAUGGUCACCAUCUAUGAUCUUGCUCACAAUUUCUUCAAGAACAUUGGUAUUACAAGCAAGGUACCAUUGAAAGCACGUUGUAGUCAGGCUAGGCAUUUUGUCGAGUUCCUUCUGUUUCUCCAUGCUCCGACAGAGAAACAUGCGGCUUCCCAGGAUAAGGGACUGAGAAUUCAACUUGCAUCUAAGAAGUUUGAAUAUAGUCGUAGUGCAACAGAGCUUGUCGAAGCUGGAGUCAGGCUUUGCAGCGGAGAAGGAAAUUGUUUGUUUGAGGUUUCUUUUGAUCCAAAGGAACGUGUGUUGACAAUCCCCAAAUUGACAGUAAAUGAAUCGACUGAGACAUUCUUCCGGAAUCUUAUAGCCUUUGAACACUUGGGCUAUUAUGGCUACUUUUCCAAGAACAUUACAAGUUAUGUGAUGCUCAUGGAUAGGUUCAUAAACACUUCGCUUGAUGUUCAUCUACUUGUUAAGAAUGGCAUCAUUAGGAAUGAGUUAAAACACAAGCAUCAAGUAGCAGACCUUUUCAAUAACCUUCACAAAGGUGUUUUGACUGAAGUGAACGAUUUCUAUUUUGCUGAUCUCUGUGAUACUUUGGAUGUCCACUGCAAAAGUAAAUGCAAAGCCCGCUGGUUUAGAUUUACAAUGAUGCUACGAAACAAAUGGGUCGAAUCACGAGAGAUUCUGGGACGCGUAUAUUUCAACAACCCUUGGUCUGUCAUAUCUGUUUUCGCUGCAUCUCUCUUGCUCUUUCUUACCAUCAUACAAACAGCCUGUUCAAUUCUCCAGGUGGUACCAGUUCAAUUUAUUACCGAUCCAUGGGUGGUUCGUCCAAAUUAAAGUUCUUGCUCAGAUUCUGAUGAGGUUUACCUUUGAGUUUUCAUUCACCUUCUAGAUUUUAUUCCAACUCUUGUUUGAAUUAUGGUUGGCAGUUGACAUUUGAGUGAUGGUACCAUAGAUCAAUAUCAGUCUGUGUAUCGAAUUCUAUGGCAAUGAAUCUAAUGAUGACUCUUCCUCUAAA